AUGUACUUCUCCAAGAUCGCCAUUCUCGCUGCUGCCACUAUGGCUAGCACUGUCGUUGCGGACAACUGUUUCGCUGGGUAUGCAUACUGCGAGGGUAACCUUUUGACUCAGGGCGACUACGCCUCAACCAUCUACCAAGUCCUCGACGCAGCCGGCCAACCCACCGACGCCAACGCGCGCGCCAAAGCCCUGUUCAACUGCGUCAACGGCGGUGCUAUUCAGUUCAUUACGCUUUGCGGUGGCGACUGCAAGAACGAGCCGUUUGGUAGCCAGGUUAGUGAUCACUGCUAG